UCGGUUCCGCAUCAAUCCAAGAUGUCGUUCUUCGGACAUGGCAAUCCACUUGCUUCGCAAGUUGGUCAGCUCAUAGAGCAGGCCACAGAUCCCAACCUAGCUUCAGAGAAUUGGAGUCUUAAUAUGGAAAUAUGUGAUGUCAUCAAUGAAACAGAUGAUGGACCUAAAGAUGCUGUCAGAGCGAUGAAGAAACGACUACAGCAAUUUGUGGGCAAAAACUAUAAUUCAGUUAUGUACACACUCACUAUUUUAGAGACGUGUGUUAAGAACUGUGGGAAGAGGUUUCACAUUCAGGUGGCGAAUAAAGACUUCCUGCAUGACCUCAUUAAGAUAAUAGGCCCCAAGAACGACCCCCCACAGAUUGUACAGGAGAAAGUGCUCAGUUUAAUUCAGACUUGGGCAGAUGCUUUUAGGGGCUCACCUGAUCUUAAAGAGGUUGAAAAAGUGUACCAGGAUCUUAAAGCCAAGGGUAUAGAGUUCCCAAUGACUGACCUGGAUAAUAUGGCUCCAAUACACACGCCAGCUAGGCCUCAAUCCCAGGCUGCCCCAGGGGUUCCCCCAAUGGGUGUGGUCCCCCCUCAGCCCAGAAUGAACAGGGCACAAGGGAUGGGGCCUGUAGCACCAUCACCAGAGCAGAUGUCCAAAUUGCGAAGAGAGCUUGAUGUUGUUCAGGGCAACUACAGGGUUUUGGCAGAGAUGUUGACAGAGUUGUCUCCCACUGAUGUGGAUCAGUCCAAUUUGGAAUUGCUUGAGGAUUUACAUAGAACUUGCCGACACAUGCAGCAGAGGAUAGUGGAACUACUGGAGUCUGUGUCAAAUGAAGAAGUCACAGUGGAACUAUUGCGUAUAAAUGAUGACAUGAACAAUAUUUUCCUGCGGUAUGAGAGGUUUGAUCGAAGGCGGACUGGUCAGUCAGGGACUACCCCUGGAGACCAGGUAUCUGAAGAAGAUGCUACAUCCACGGCCUUACACCCACCCCCACCUUCCUAUGACCAGCUACAGGAAGCGGCCAACCCAAAUGUUGGGAAUUUGAUAGACCUAGGACCUGAGCAGACUGGUCCUGCUCAAGCACCUGUCAGCACUAAUGAUGUCCAGGUUGGAAUGGCUAAGAUGAGCAUUCAGAAUAACAGCAAUGCCAACCCAGGAAAUAGGGCAGAGGAAGCAGAUUUUGAUAUGUUUGCACAGUCCAGGCAGUCCUUUGACCAUAGCAGGCAAACAUUAAGUGGAGAAGGUUAUAAAGAACAACAAGCUGAUCAUUAUCAGGGAGGAUUAAGCAAAGCGGUCACAGCCAAGACGAAUAAGUUGUCCUCUAAUCCGGAGUUACAGGUAGUUGACAAGGCCAGUGACUAUGAUGAGAUGGAAAGUUGGCUGGCCACUAAUGAAAAUAAGGAGACAGACAAGGAGGGAGGUGAAUCGAUAACAAGUUCAGAAUUCGACCGUUUCCUGGCUUCUCGUGCCGCAGCAGUUGAUCAGCUGCCUGACAUUCCUGCUGCUACAGGGACACAACUGCCACAAAGGGGAGGUAACCGACCCACAAGACAGUUGCAGAAAGAAGAAGAAGAGAAUACCUUGUUUGCCUUAUGAGAUGUUUAUUGUGUUGAUGAUAAUGAUGAUUGAGUGGGAGGGAGUUGUGUGAACGAAUCUUUUCUUCAUGUUGACGUCAAGCUGUAUUGUUGUAGUAUCAAUACAAACACCAGUAUAAUUUAUCUCCACCGUAUGCAGAACUUUAAGGUGUUUACCUAAAUCUACGUGACAGAAAGCAAUGGUUGUAUAAUAGUUGACAAACCGUUUAAAUGAAUUUGCACAUACACAACGCUAGCGGGCUAGAUCACUUAUGGUUGUAUAAUUUCUGUUUGUAUUCAUCAUAAUCACAUGACUUACAUAUGGCCUACGCAUUGCUUGUUGUCAAGGUAAAUCAUGGAAAAAAUGUUUGAAAUGACAAUUGUGUGUAUAUGAACGUAUCUGUAUUAUUUCAGAUAAAUGAGUAUAUAGCUGUUUGUGAUUCUUAUCUUUCUUGUUUGCAAUGCAAGCCUUUUUGAUGUUUUGUAAUUUUUUUUAUCUGUUUCUGAAACACUACAAUAUGGAUCAUUGGGUGAUGAGUAUAAUGAUCUUAGAUAACCUCAAAACUGUGGUGCAUGAAGUUGAUAACAAGGUUUAUGGCAAAAGAAUACAAAGUUUUAACAAGAGAAUUAAAUGUAGUUUUAAAAUUCUCCAGCAGAAAUUAGAAUUUAUUUUAUUCCUCUGUAGUGGAUACUGUAUGAUUACUUCUUGUCAUCAACACUUCCAUUGGUUUAAUUGAAGAGUCAAAAAUUUCUUUGAAGUCACAUUUUUUGUACAGUUUCUUGAUGUAUUUUAUAUCCGAAGUAUGGGUAUAUAUAAAUUAGGAGGCAUUGCUAGCUUAGGUUUCUUAAUCUGUAAAAUUGGGCAUUAUGCAUAAAACUGGAAGUAUGUACAUCUGGUUUUGUUACGGUUACCAUAAAAGAAGCAUAAAGGUCUCCUAGUCUAAAAUUUAUUUCAAUGAAUAAUCUGUGACCUUCUAAGAGCAAAGAGUGCUAGCUAUAUUGUUGGAUUAUAUCAAAGAUUAACUUUACAUUGGUAUUUAAUUCAAAUAAAGUUUAAUAGAUGUUUUAAUGACGUGUACUAAUAUGAUAAAAUUCUUUACAUACCACUUUCUUGGUGUGUUAUUGUUCUGGUCAGCUGGAACUAAACUCUGAUGUCAUAUAACGACAUAAAUCACAAUUGUUGGAAGUCUGGAUCUUGCGAUCUGACAACUAAGAAUAUCUCUUUGUUAAAUCUUAGCAUGUUAAUUGAGUGUAAGCUGUAGUCAUUUUCAUUGAAGAUUUAAUGCAGGCUGGCUAUACCUUGGUAUGGGCAACACUAGAAAUUAUUUCAGUUAUGAUUGCAGUUUAGAUUUAGUGAGUGCAGUGAAAACAUCAAUCAAGUACCUGUUCUUUCAUCAACAAAGACGUUUUAUGUCUAAAAUUAAGCUGUUGUGGAAAUUUUGUACAUGACAAGGUUAAAAGAUGAAGGAAAGGAAAUUCAGGUAAGGAUUUAUUCAUCAGUUGAAAGUAAUCUAUUUUUUUUUUUUGUCUUUUUUAUUCUUGUUCUUUUUGUACAUAUGGUUUUAUCUGCAAGUAGACAUCUAGCCUGUAUAAGUUAUGUCAUAAAAGCCUAUCUUUUGUGUCUGUUCUCAAUUUUUUGUGAUGUUGCAGCUGUGUUUCUUGUUCUGGUACUUACUUUAUUCAGUUGUAUAUAGUAUUUACAUGUAUAUGACAUAUUGUAUGCAUAGGCCUUCUAAUAUAUCUGUCGCCACAAUAUGGCUGAAACAUUGCUAGUGAGGCAAUAUACCGAAAUCAAUACACUUGAUAGGUAUCUGUAACAAAAAGUUAGGGAUGGAUUUCAUUGUAAGUUUUUCAUUUCGUGCAAAGAGCCAUUUGCCAUGAAAUGUGCGGAAGUCAUUUUUCCCAGUAAUUUCUUUUCAAAAUUAAAAUUUGGUAUACAUUAAAUUAGUGUCCAUAUUUGUUUACUGCACAUUUUGGGUCACAAAUAGCUCAUGUAGCAUCACUUUUGUAGGUUUUUUUAAAGUAAAAAAUAUGUGUUUUGGUGCAAGUAUUGAAUUAAAUGCAUUUUCCAGAUUGGGGGAAUGUCAUUGUACUAUUUGAUUCAGUAUUCUGAUUUCAUUCUGUCUGGUAUUUUGCCUUAUUUAACCAAUAAUCUGCAAUUUGCCUGUCUAAAAACAGUGUAUGUUUCAUCCACUCUUACAUGUAGCUAAAUGAAACUUGUGCUUGUCCACCCAAUGUAUCAUGGUGUAAAUGUGCAGCACAGGCACACAGUGGUUGUUAAAAGAUGCUUCACUGUCACAGAAAUGUUGAUUAGCCAGUGCAAGCUGUUCAGAGAUGGCCUAAUGAGCAGUAUUCGGAAUCAGAUGUCCUGCAUGCCAUGAUUGAACUGUGUGCUCUUGGUAUCUUUCCCUGUGGUGCAUUAAUUGUCUUGUACAAAGGUGUAUAUGUGUCAGUGGGGGUUUGUGUAUAUAUAUCUGCAGUGAAUACUGUGUGGGUAUGUUAAAUGUGAUCCCAUGCACACCUGUACAACUACUCUGUUAAUGAUAGACUUCGUUAAUUGUAUGCCACCUGGCAAAUGCAACAGUUGUCAGUUUUCUUCAACAUGUAACUCACUGCUAUACUGGAAACUAACCAAGAUUAUCACAUAAAAUAAACUAUUGUAAUAUUA